CUACACCCGCUUUAUUGUUUUUUCUUUCGCGAACGUUGGCAUCUAGUCGAUCAUUUGCAGGUUACCAUGGAUUUGAGUCAAUCAUAGAGGGUUAUACUUUUUGGCGUUGAGAUACAGGGUGGAAACCAGAUGACGGCGGGUUAACUUUCGUUUAUACCGAAGUUCCGGAUGCAUUGUGCAUGCUUUCUCUCGCUUUCAGUUUUCUUUUUCUUUUUCUUUUUCUUUUUACUUUCCUUGCCCCUUCUAUUAUUCUAUAUCUUGCUUUCAGAUUCGAUUCCCCCAAGUCCGCAAGGGUUGCGGGCUGUCAUUAUUAUGUGUUUACGAUGAGUCUUCAUACCCAUGGAAAUACUCCAUCUGUUUCGUGUGCGGGAUAUCCUUGAGUGGAUGCUUGUUUAGACUAUUUAGUCUAUUACCUUUUAUGUCCGUGAUUGUUGUUCUGGAAUAUAUUUUCUGUUUUACUCUUA